AUGGAUUUUAAUAAUCUCAAGUUCGACCCCAGCGGUCCUAAAGGCCGUCCAUCCUUUGUUUACGAUGGUGUGUACCGUACCUACAAAGACGAUCAAAACCCUGAAGCCCUCUUCGGAAAAGCGUUACGCUAUCUUUCUUCCUUGAGGGUGAAUCAUACAUCGGAGCAACAGGAGAUAAUACAUAAAGAGGUCAUGGAAUCUCUUUUUCACUCGAUUUACGGCAGCAAUCGCAUUGAACAAGCAGGUCUAGGAUGGGAUGCCACACGAUAUCUCUGCUAUAAGACCCUACAUGAGCCCGACUCCAUACUCGAAGUCAAUGAGGACGAUUCAGAAUUCGAUGAAAAGGUACUGGAUCUAUAUGCGGCGGAUCCCACUUUACGUGGAAAGUCGAGAAACCAUAUUGUUCGCGGCCGGCGUGAAGUCAUCCAGCACAUGAGAGCCUUCAAAUACAUACUGGAGAGGUUCCGGGUUCAUAAAGAAGCCCUCACAGAGGAUCUCAUCAAGAAAACGCAUGAGAUUCUUUGCAAAGGGGUUUCGAUCAUCGAUCCGGGUGCCGAGCAUCCGGAAGUACCCUAUGAGAGAUACGCAGGAAAAUAUCGAGAUGUUCCUGUGGGCGCCGGGAACACGAUGUUCGUAAUGCCGCAAUAUGUGCCUGCAAAAAUGGCCGAAAUGUGCGCGAAUCUCAAAAAUGACAUCAAUGGAAAGGAGAUUCUGGAUCCAUUCUCACUCGCAGCCAAAUACUCACUUCGCUCUGUUGAGAUUCAUCCAUUUCAGGAUGGGAACGGCCGAAUGUGUCGCAUCAUCCUCAAUGCGAUCUUAUUUCGGCGUGUCGGUAUUUUCAUCUCAAUAGGAGAGACUGCAGAUGAAAUAAAUGAGUAUAUAGACAUCAAGAAGAGGGCAUCGAGAGAUAUGGAGGGUCACGGAGAAUAUGCUACGUUUGUGCUGAAAAAGAGCGUGAGGAGCAUACAGAAGCUGAAAAAGAAGAUCAACGGGAAGAAAGAAGCAUAA